CGAGCCACGCUAGAGGGGGAUCUACGCGACCAAGUCCCGUCACUUCAGUACGGGACGGCCCGCCACACAGCGCACAGCUGCAAUAAGGUCUCAAAGAACGCGCGCGCACCACGAGAAACUUUUCCGAGAGCGAAGAGUGCCGCAAAGUUCCAAACUCUGACCGCUUCCAUUGUGAUCCAGUGCAAUGACUACCAUGAUGAUGGAACAGCACCUGGACGAGUGUAAACCCAUCAAAAAACCUGCUAAGCGCAAAACACCGCCGAAAAACAAGCAGGAACACAACAACAACAUCACCAAAAAACCACGUCUCUCCUCUGACAACAAGGAAGACAUGCUUCUCACCUAUCAGCCGUGGGUCAUACAAACGUACGGGGAUCUCGCGAAAACCAAAACAAUUACUCUCAAAAAAUACGCGCGUAUUCUUCGCACCCUCCGUGGUGACGAAGUUGUGAGUGCCGACAACUCAAAAUUCCGUUUUUGGGUGAAAGCCAAAGGUUUUUGUGUCGGUAAACCCCCAGGUUACGAAGCGAAACCCGCGGAUUCCAUUGUGGGACGUUACAGUGUCUGCGAUUUGGAUGAAGGCAUUCCAGUUGCGAAUGAAAAAAUGUCUGGAUCUGCCAGAGAUCCUCCACUUUAUGUUCCAAAUGCGCCGUUUAAGAACUCAACUGGCGAACCAGUCUACCGAAAAGUCGCUGUAGUAGAAAACUUCUUCGACAUAAUCUACAAUGUUCACGUGGAACUCGAAGGACGACCGGGGAAACAUGCAGGACAAAAAAGGACCUAUCGCACGAUAACAGAAACAUACGCCUUCCUACCACGCGAAGCAGUAACAAGAUUUCUUUUGGGAUGCACAGAAUGUCAAAAACACCCGAGGUCACCAUCGCCAAUAUCAGUGUUACCAACACCAAGUCCUAGCCCCACAUUACCGCCAGCUAUCCACUUGCAACAGCCAGCUGUAACUCCAGACUUGUUCAACAGCGACCAAGAGGUGGUGAACGUGGCACCAUCAAGUCCUGUGAUUAUAAAAGAUGAAGCUCCUCCCGAGCCUAUAAAAAGGUCCAGUAAUCCACUGGAUGUGUGUAAUUUGACAUCGCCUGAUCCUCCAAAAGCGAAGUUGUGGUCUCCAGUUGACACCAUUGAGCGUGACGACAACAAAAACAGGAUGAUGAUGAAUGCAAACAUCGAUUUUUCACUGCCUAUCACAACAACUUAUUUAAAAUACAUGAGAAGUCUUGGCUGUAAUGAGGAGGACGCCAUGAAGUUAGAAAAUAGACAUGAGAACCUUUCACAAGAUCCUUCAGAUAAUCCAGAUGACGAUCAUUUUUCAGGAGGGACCGGAUCGAUCAAAGAGAGCGACAAAAUCAAACUGAUGCUUUUGGCGUGGAACUAUCACAAUCAGAACCAAGGAAACAACAGAAACGGCAGUGGUGACAUGUCUGAACUUCCUUCGGUGCCUGGAGGCGAGGAAAUGGCGGGGUUAUGGGCCCAGUACCACUCGGCUCUGGGAUUGGCCAAAGGGAAGGCCACGCCACCUACGACAAGAGACAAUUCUAGUCCAGUGAACGCGGAAACAGGAUCCGCACACGACGAAACUAGCUCCAGUGGGAAUAAAGAGGACGAAGACGACGACGACGAUGAGAGUGACGAUAAAAUUGACACACACACCCACGAUCCUGAAAGGCUAAAAGCCUUCAAUAUGUUUGUAAGAUUGUUCGUGGAUGAAAAUCUCGAUAGAAUGGUCCCCAUAAGUAAACAACCGAAGGAGAAAAUCCAGGCAAUCAUCGAUUCAUGCACAAGGCAGUUUCCAGAGUUUGCAGAAAGAGCCCGUAAGAGGAUCAGGACCUACUUGAAAUCUUGCAGAAGGAAUAAACGGGCGCGGGAUCCAAAUUCGCCAUGGGAUGCUACAAGACCAACCCCAGCUCAUCUGACAUCAGUACAAGCUGAACAAAUUCUUGCCUCAGCAUGCGAAAACGAGAGUCACAAUGCCAAACGAAUGAGAAUUGGUCUGGAGCCUGUCAGCCAGCCGAUGCCCAUCUUGCCAGGGGUUCAACCUACAGACACAACAGCUCCAAUAAACAGGGGACUGGACUUCUCGAAUAGCACGCCAGUAAAAAUGGAAACCGACGGGGUAAAUAACGUAUUCCCCUCCUCCACCACACCUACCUCCACCUCAAACUCAAUCUCAAAGGGACUCUCAUUGACGCCUGACCUCAAAAAUUCAGCUUUAAGUGUUUCCAGUGCUCUCGGUGCAACCGCUAUGAAUGGAAUUGGUAUAUCUAGUACAGCUGGGUCAGCUCCUACAGCUAUGUACAGGCCCAAUUUUUCACAGGCCUUUCAAAGAGCAGGACCGUACCCGCUAUUUCCAGGGGCCACACCGUUUGGAGCUGGCGGAGGACUGCUUACAAACGGUCCUGCAGAUCUCAGUAUGAAGCAGAAGCCGUUGCUGAAUCACAAGCUUAGUACUGGUGAGAUGGCAGCUGUUAGGCAGCUGAUUACUGGUUAUCGCGAGUCAGCUGCGUUUUUGUUGAGAUCAGCUGACGAGCUGGAGCAGCUGUUGUUGCAACAACAGCAGUAAAGUAAUGAAAAUUGAAUAUUUGUUAGUCAAAUGCCAUAAAAUGAGAAGAACUUUUAGGUUUUUUUGUAUUUUUAAAAUGAGAGCCAGUAAAAAUAUUUGAGCCAAUAGUUUGGCGUUUAGGCACAAGUGAUUUAAAGCACUUUCUCACUUUUGUAAUUUUUGAAGAUUGAUUAUUUUAGAAUGUUCGGACUGUUAUACUAUAAAAUCUUGUACAUAAACUUAAUUUUUGCUACUUAUUAUCAGAAGAAAAACUGCUGAAAUUAUGUACAAAAAAUGAUGAUGAAAAGGUUUCCUAGAGUUAAGUGAAAAUAUUUAUUUAUAGAAGUUAGAAAAUAUUAUACAGGGGAAAAUUUUAUUAUAUUUGAUAUAAAUGUUGAGAAUUUAUUCUGAGUGUACCAAAGACAAU